AUGUCGUCCAUAUUGAAAAAGUUGCCCUCUAAGGAGAGAAUAAACCAGGCCAAACAGCUCAGUGCCUCCAUAUUUGGCCAUGCCUGGAAUCCGUCAUGUGCCCGCAAUGGUGCUAAGAUCUUGAAGGCCCCAUUGAAGGGUCCUGAAGUCGUCAACUACUACGGGGUCAACGACCACCUCCCAACCUUCCAAGACUUCAAGGCAUGGUUCCCAGAACUCAAACUCACAGACCCCAGAGAAACUUACAGAUUGCAUAUGGUCCAGGACAGAAAGAAGAGAAACAAGGGUGCUCCAAAGAAGAAGAGCAAGAGCGACUAA